CAAUUUCUGGCCUUACUGCAAUGGCAACACGGACUGCGGAUCAGCCUCCACCAGCUAACACCCUUACAACCACGACAUCUGCGUCAGCAACAGAAGAAGAACAACCCUUGAAAGUCGCUGCAAAGAAAAGAAGGAAGAAGCGGCCGACGUUGCGCUUAAGAAAAAAAGGAACCCAUAAAAGUUGUUCUGUGGAAGAAGGACAAGAUACGGCAAAGGUUUCGAAGGAAGCUUUGACCUUGGAAAAAAUCAAGAAAACCGCUGUCAACAAAAUUAAUCCUCGUAACAGCAAGAUUGUUUUGAAAAACAAAAAUAGCAAGGUGGCUCUAAAAGCUAGCAAAAAUAGCAAAGUGACUCUAAAUAAAAAAGAAUCUCGCGAGGUUCCUGCGAGGAAUACACCGUCUCGUGAGGUCAAGUCUUUACCAAAAAGCCUAUCAAAAGAACAACGAAAAGCUGACCACCCGGGUAACCGCAAUACGCAGCCGACUAUGUCAACUGAAGAUGAUUUGACAUCUACGAGGGAGGAGUUCAACGUACUUCUCAAAACGUCAAAGGAUGCCCGGCUUGUAUGGCUUACGCGAAUAUUGCAGAAGGGUAUCGGAUACUUGAUGAUUCGUUACCGUAAAAACUUGCGGUAUACGUCAAGAAGGGCAACAACAGUGGCUUCCAAGGCAAACAUGUCGAAGAAUAGGUACGGUGAUGUCGGAUGCAUUGAUGAGACGAGAGUGGUGCUGAGAAAUUGGCCUAGUAAUUAUAUCAAUGCAAAUUGGGUAGUUUUGCCUAAUGGCAGAAGAUUCAUUUGUGCGCAGGCACCUAUGAAAACAACUGUAUGUGAUUUUUGGCAUAUGAUAUUACAAGAAAACUGUCGUAUGAUCAUAAUGCUUUGUGACCUUAUAGAAGGUGAAAAAGAAAAAUGCAUCAAGUACUUUCCUCAGCAGAAAGGUCAAGCUUUAACUUUUGGCACUACAAAAGUCACCCUCAUUGAACAGUCAUCAUCGGCGUACGGUUUUACCAUCUCCACUUGGAAGGUAGAGGACCGGAGCCAUCAAUGUAACAUAAAGCAUUUGCAAUUGACGGCGUGGCCCGACCAUUCUGCUCCAAAGAGCCCAUCCGCAAUUAUUGGAAUACAUAAGGAGAUUAUGAAAACAUCGCAUGAAACAUUAAUAUUGAUACACUGCUCUGCUGGUAUUGGUCGAACAUGUACGAUUAUGGGUGUCGAAGUUCUGCUGGAGCGAAUUCGUCGCAGACGAGACGUGUCGGGUGUAGCAGUUAUGAAAUGGCUUCGCGAUCGACGUUUUGGUGCUAUACAAAAAGGAGUACAGUUCGUUUUCAUGCACUAUGUUGUGAUCGAACUACUAGUUCAGGAUGGCGUAAUGAAAUCGAAUGAUCCAAAACUGGUUGCUUUUCGACAAAAAUAUGAGAAAUUAUGGAACAGACUGCAAAAGGCGCAGAUCAAGGCUAGGAAAGAACUGGAGCUGAUGAAAACACAAUGCGACGAGACGGAAGCGGCUGCACCAGCCAAGCUACAGCGAGAAUACAAUUUGGAUGAGUCACAGAACUCAGAUGAAACAAAAGAAUUUAUGGAUGAUGAAGAUUUCGAUUCGAUGAAAGGAAUCGAGAUCUUACAGGAAAAUUUUAGGAAACUAAAUGCAACACCAACUUCUUGAUAUUUAUCAAAUGGCAUUUUGGAUGAGAAAAGUUUUUAGUCCUAACCUAAUUCAAUUUUACAAAGAUAU